AUGAAUCACGUUCGGAACAAUUUGUCCCGGUUUCGGCUGGUGACAUUCGAUGUUACCGAUACGCUUUUGGAAUAUGCAGUGCAACCUGAGCGGCAUUAUGCCCAUGUAAUCAACAACGUGCUGGAACCGCGCAUCGGUAUUACCCUGCUGGAGGAGCAGAUUGGCCGCUCGUUUGGUCUCUGCUUUCGGGCGAUGAAGCACCAGUAUCCGAACUUCGGAUCCGGCCGUAAACAAACGGGUCAGCAGGAGUUAGAGGACGAAAGUUGGCGUUGGUGGUGGCGAACAUUGGUAGAACGAGUGAUAGUGGAUGCGGCCGUUAAUUCCAAUUGCCAGAGCAUUCCUUCUCCACUGUUAAGUAUAAUCGCGGAACAGCUGAUAGACGAUUACACUUUUGAUGGAAAGCGCGUUUGCUGGCGUCAACGACCCGGUGUAGACGAGUUCCUUCGAAAGUUGCGUACUCCACAAUCUGCCCAAACGUUGGGUAUCGUGUCGAACUUUGACCCAAGGCUGAAGAUCAUUCUGCGCAAUAAUGGCAUUGGACCGACUGGAGAGGUGGUCGAUUUCGUGCUGACUAGCUACGAAGCCGGGGUGGAAAAGCCUGACCGGGCAAUAUUCGAAACAGCGCUACGAAAAGCAAACCUGCUACAGAAUGGGACGGAAAUAAGACCCCAAGAGGCACUGCAUAUCGGCAAUUUGUGUCGGGAGGAUUACAACGGAGCGCGCAGUGCCGGUUGGUGUGCACUGCUGGUGAAUGUACCGCCGAACGAAAAGAAUCGGAAGCUCUUAACAGCAAUUCCUAGCGGGCAUGUCUUUGCAGGUUUGCCCGAAUUGCAGCAACGGCUUGAGAGUCCUACUCCGAUGGUGUGGUAG